AUGGCCAACCAGGGAGAACUGCUGCCUAAUCACCCGGUGCACGACAACGUCCAAGAACAAGCAGGCCGCCGCGACCACCAGCAGCACCACCUCGUCGACGCCGCACGCGCGCUGAUGCUGCUAGGAGCAGCCGCCGCCGUCUCAACCUCAACCGUAUGCAGCUGCAACCCCGACGCUGACGCCGCGUGGAUCUUCAUCGGUUUCCUCACCUGGCUGCUGGGCGUGUGGCUCCUUUCGUUGGGGCCAUUACUGGCAGGUCGGUUCCCAGAAGCUGAUCGUUUGGCCGGCGCUGCUAUCGCCGGCGCCGGCGCCGGCGCCGUCCUCAGGCGCUUCUUCAUCCCAUGGAACUAG